UGAACAGGGGAACCUCUCAACAAACGCUUUGAGAUGGCGAGGAGAAGAAAACGGGGGCGCCCUUUUUAUACGGACAACAACGGGGCGGUCACGUGCUCUCCGAUGGCCAGCAACGCGUGAAGGAGACUAGAGGAGACUCCUCCGACGGACCGACGAUGGACUCGCUUGAACCCCCACAGAGCACGCCCGCUUGACCCCUACCAACUCGUGAGACCUGUUCAGAGUCUUCCUUCAACGCUGAAACAUGGCGAAAUCUAACAAAACCUCCCGAUCCAGCGGUGGUCCAGCCGCCAAGCGCGCAAAGCUCGACGACACGGCAACCCCCACCUCCUCCCCUCCCCACUCGCGCCGCUCCUCCGACCCACCCUCCACCCGCCAUAAUCCGCAAGUACAACAGGCCAUCAGCACCGCAGAGGUCGUCCAACGCCUGGAAAUCAGCAGCGUCGCGAAGCCAUUCAAAAGCGCGAGUUAUGUGCCCCCGAAGGCAAUCAAGAAGUUGAAGCAGAUGGCCGCUUUGGAGAGGAUGAUGGAUGUUGGGGUCGAUUUUCCUACUUACUGGAGCAUCCAAGCCCCACCCUCCCUCAUGCCCCAAAAGAAGUACUGCGAUAUCACCGGGCUCGAGGCACCCUACACGGACCCUAAAACAUCCCUCCGGUACCACAACAGCGACGUGUACCAGUUCAUACGCACGUUGCAGCCGCAGCAUGUGCAGAUGUAUCUCGAGUUGAGGAAUGCGGCUGUUAAGCUUUGAGUUGAGGAAUGGAUGGAGAGGGGGAUCAAUCUGUGUGGACAUUGGGAGGCAUUGUCCUCCCCGUAGUCGAAAAGGAAGGCGAACGUCAUCGACGAAAGACACCGACACCAGCGCACACCCGGGUUCAAACACCUUCGCCACCGUUCACACCUGCAAACGCAG